UGGGGCCAGCAAAAACUCGCUCUGUUAACAUCAAAAAGGGGCUUGGGAGCUCCUUGCAGGGGGAAGUGUUGUUCAGAGAGCCCGUGUGUUAUGUAGAAGUUGAAGCUGCGCAGCGAAGUGUUGGGGAGAAGAGAGGAGGGGGGGAAUGGAGAAAGAAGGCAAGAAGUAAAAAACCUGUAGGUGGGGGCAGGACUGCUGCAUGCCCAUGUUCGCUGGGCUGUAAACUGAUGAGAUCAUGUUUUCAAGCAAGGAAGGAGAGCAGGGAAGAGCAAACUGAAAGAGGUUGUCUUUUGGGCAGGGAAGGAGGGAGAAAGAAAGAAAGAAAGAAAGAAAGAAAGGUAGAGCAAGCAGGAGACAUGAAGCACGCAACCAAUUUCCUCCUGGGCCUGUUGCUGUUGCUGCUGCAAGAGUCUGUUGUCCAUCCCUAUUCAGCCCCAGUGGAUGCUUCCAAUCUCGAGAGCGUAGUAGUGUCUGUGCAGAACAUCACUGCCAAGGCGGGCACUCGAACGGUCCUCUCCUGCAAGAGCUACAGGAUGGUGUGGACCCAGGACCGCCUGAAUGACCGCCAGCGUGUGGUCCACUGGGAUCUGUACAGGAACCAGUAUGGAGACUACAAAUCUGAGCGACUGUGCGACAUGUAUUCGGCCGGGGAUCAGCGAGUCUACAGCGGCUACAACCAAGGGCGGAUUUUCAUGCCGGAAAAUGCAUUUGUGGAUGGCAACUUCUCACUGGUAGUCAAAGACAUCUCCAGGAGUGACCAAGGCAUCUACUCUUGUAACCUCCACCACCAUUACUGUCACCUGUACGAAAUUGUGAAGAUACAACUGGAUGUAACCGAAGAAGUCGAAGAAGCGCAGAAGUUUUGGGAUGGGGAGAAAGUUGUGAUCGUGGCCCUGAAGGGAAGCGCUGUCUUACUCCCCUGUAUUAACCGGAACCAAAUCUGGACCGAGCGGCAUGAUGAAGAGGAUCAGCAGGUGGUCCACUGGGACUGGCAGCCCCCAGGGGUGCCUCACGACAAGGCUGAUCGACUCAUUGACCUGUAUGCCUCUGGAGAGGGGCGCUCUUAUGGCCCCUUGUUUAUCCGGCAAAAGAUGAAUAUCACUGACAAGGCUUUCGCCCAGGGAGACUUCUCCUUGAGGAUAUCCGGUUUGGAAGUGGCUGAUGAAGGCACCUAUUCCUGCCACCUCCACCACCAUUACUGCGGCCUUCACGAACGCAGGAUCUUUCAGGUCUCCGUUGUGGAGCCGGAACCGGAAAAGAAGGUGGUCGUGGUGAACUUCACUCGUCACAAUGCGCCGGCUGCAGAUCCAAACGCCGGCCGUGGCCACAACGUGAUCAAUGUCAUCAUUCCUGAGAGCCGUGCUCAUUUCUUCCACCAGUUAGGGUACAUCCUGGCAACGCUGCUGCUCUUUAUUCUGCUCCUGAUCCUUGUGGUACUCGUCACACGCAAGCGCCGGAGAAGAGGUUUUGAGUGCAACGUGAGAAAAUUUGAUGAGAAAGAAGUGAAUCUCAGUGAGUUCCCAGUCCACACACCAGAUAUAUCCAACUACAAAAGUGAAGACAUUAAGCUGGAUUACAAGAACAAUAUCCUGAAGGAGAAGGCGGAACAUAACAGGGUUCUCUCACCUAAGAACAUUGACUUAGAUAAAGAUUUCAGGAAAGAAUACUGUAAAUGAAAACAAGGAUGCAAAGCUGCUGGCUGGACCAGAAGCACCAAUCGGAAUUGAAAUGUAACAAGAGAAGCGUCGUUUUUCCUUAUUGCAACAUCCUUCUAGUUACCAAAGAGCUCUCUGCAGACUUCCUUCCUGUCUUGGUGGUAGCAAGGACAUAGAUGAUAACUUACAGCGCCAUUCUAUACAUGUUGACUUGGAAGCAAAUCCUAUCGGAUUGUACUCAGUGUUAGUCAUACUCAGAGUUAGGGCUGUCAGAGAUUUCUGAUGACAACAGAAACAGGAGCAGAAAUUGCCAGUGUUCGCUUAGUUGUUCCUUGCCAGAACAAAUCUUUUU